UUUUUUUCAAAGGGUAGUUGAGUUAAGUUGAAGGCCCAUAUAUAGCUGUAUGUAAACACGCGAAAAAUGAAAUGAAAUAAUUCAUAAAAUCUAUUAUAAAAAGUGGUUAUGAUAAUUCAAAGUGGUUUUCAAGCAGUAAAGCUUGAUAUUUUUCGAAAAGAAAGCAUUGCUAAAGUCAUAGGUUUAGUAAAAAGUUGCCAUGUGAGCAAUGUGGUCGAGCUAAUCGAUGGAAGUUUUCGUAGAAUUUGUGGAAUUGUUUUGCGAGAAACUGAAGGUGCAGAAAGUACGAAAAAUAGGGCUAAUUUUUACAAUCUUACGAUCAAGGAUAAAGCACUGGAGCUCUUGAAAGCAAAGAAGGUUCGUAGAAGGAAGCAACUAAAAUACUAUACAGAUAAAUACGAUAAAAUAGCCAAAUACUGCACUUUAACUGCCAGAUUGAAGAAACAAAGGAAUCCCUGUGUUAUUGGCUACACUCAUUCGUUUGCUACAUCUCAAAUGCGAUCAUGUAUAGCGCGACACGAUUGGAUAAAUUCACAGAGAUUAAUUCCUUUGUUAAUGGGUUACUCAACAGACAAAGAACCACUAAUUUGGAGAUUUGCUUUGGCGAUUUUACUGAACAGUCCUGAAAGUAGUGUGGCAAAUUUACUUCAUUUUCUUGAAAAGUGUAUGGGUAGUACAGCCGAAAUGGAAUCAGACGAACCAAAUCGAUUCUUGCAGCGACUUCUGACACUGCAAGCUGAAUCUGAAGAAUAAGAAAAAAGUUUGUUAACAGACUAUAAUAUGUACAUGUAUAUUUGAUUAAUUAUACGGAAGUUGCGAGAAUAUUUUCGUUUAAAAACAUUUUGUGUAAGCUUAUAACGUGAAAUCACAAAAUACACUUAAUUACAAGUUUUAUCAGUA